AACAACAACAGCAACAGCAACAGCAACAACAACAGCAAAUCAAAUAAAUUAAAUAAAUUAAAUAGAUUUUCCGCGUGACGCACAUGUUGAUGAAAUUGUAAUGUAAUGAGAUACGACGUCCAGGAGCUGCUACUUCAUCAGUCUGCUGAGGAUCCAUUCGCCAGGUUCGCAAAUGGGAUGGCAUAUCAUCCAUUUCUGCAGCUCUCGCAAAGACCCACUGACUUCAGCGUCUCGUCGCUGUUGACGGCGGGCAGCAACAGCAACAACAACAGCAGCAACAACAGCAGCAGCAACAACAACAACAACAACAACAACAACAGCUCAGCAGCCGCUCAGGCGCUCAGCUCGCCAGGCUCGGGCGGCGCGGGCAACUAUCGCAGCUCGCCGUCGCAGCUUUCGCCGCAGAGCAAUCACAGUAGCAGCAACAACAACAACAACAACAACAAUAACAACAACAACAACAACAAUAAUAAUAACAAUAACAACAACAAGAACCACUUGAACACCACCGAACAAGCACUGAGCGGCAGCCAGGCCAACACGCCCACGCCCACUCCGCCACCGCCGCCCACAGCUGGAGCUGGAGCUGGAGCGCCGCCGCCAUCGUCCUCCGCCUCCUCCUCGUCAUUACCCGCGCAUCAUUCGCCCAGCGUUGCGACGGGCGCACCACCGCCGCCACAUCCACAGCAACCACCUGCAGGUGGACUGCAUUCGCAUCCGCCGCCGCCGCCGCCGCACCAGCAUCAGCACCAGCACCAGCAGCAGCAGCAUUUGGGAGCGCAGCAGCAGCAGCCACCGCCGCCGCCGUAUUUUCCGGCCGCUGCGCUAGCCGCGCUGGCCGGCAGUCCGGCGGGGCCGCAUCAUCCGGGCCUGUAUAGCGCCGCCGGCGGAUUGCGCUUCCCGCCGCAUCCGGCGCAUCCGCACGCCCAUCAUCCGCUGGGCACCGCCUACACCACCGCCGAGGACGUGGUGCUCGCAUCGGCUGUUGCCCAUCAGCUGCAUCCGGCGAUGCGGCCGCUGCGCGCCCUCCAGCCCGAGGACGAUGGCGUCGUCGAUGAUCCCAAGGUCACGCUCGAGGGCAAGGAUCUAUGGGAGAAGUUCCACAAGCUCGGCACCGAAAUGGUCAUCACCAAAAGCGGCAGACAAAUGUUUCCGCAAAUGAAAUUUCGUGUUUCGGGUCUGGAUGCCAAGGCUAAAUACAUACUGCUACUGGAUAUCGUUGCGGCGGAUGAUUAUCGUUAUAAAUUUCAUAAUAGUCGCUGGAUGGUCGCUGGUAAAGCGGAUCCUGAAAUGCCAAAACGCAUGUACAUCCAUCCAGAUUCGCCCACAACGGGUGAGCAAUGGAUGCAAAAAGUUGUUUCAUUUCACAAAUUAAAAUUGACCAACAAUAUUAGUGAUAAACAUGGAUUUGUAAGUACUACAAUACUGAACUCAAUGCAUAAAUAUCAGCCGCGCUUUCAUUUGGUGCGAGCCAACGAUAUCUUGAAGCUACCAUAUUCCACGUUUCGCACGUACGUGUUCAAGGAGACGGAGUUCAUAGCUGUGACUGCAUAUCAAAACGAGAAGAUAACUCAGCUGAAGAUUGACAACAAUCCCUUUGCGAAGGGCUUUCGUGAUACGGGUGCUGGCAAACGCGAAAAGAAUUGUUACAGGCAGGCGCUGAUGUCCAAUCGAGGGUCCGACUCGGACAAACUGAAUCCCACGCAUGUGAGCAGCUCGCGAGCACCGCUCCAUUUGGGGCAUGCAGGUCGGCCGCCACAUUUGCAUCCGGCGCACGCCGCGGCGCUGCUCGAUAAUCAGCAGGACGAUGAGGAUAAGCUAUUGGAUGUGGUGGGCCCGCCGCAGAGUCCGCUGUUGCCGUUGAGCCACUCGCUGCAGCAGAUGCACGCACACCAGCACUCGGCAGCCCUGGCUGCCUGGUUCAAUCACUUGGCUGGCGCUGGCGCCGGUGAGCAUGCGGCAGCGGCCAAUGCAGAGGAAGCACUGCGUCGCCGUCUGCAGGCGGACGAUAUGGAGCGCGAUGGCAGCGACUCGAGCUGCUCGGAGAGCGUCGGCGGCAGCACCGGCGGUGCCUUUCGUCCCACCUCAACGGGCAGUCCCAAAGAGGGCGUUGGCGGUGGUGCAGCUGCUGCGGCGGCGGCGGCAGCGGCCGGUCUUAACGCGGCCGGCAGCUAUCCGUCGCCCAAUAUAUCUGUGGGACCACCAAUACACCCGUCGCCGCAUCUGUUGCCUUACCUCUAUCCGCACGGACUCUAUCCGCCGCCGCAUCUGGGUCUGCUGCACAAUCCGGCAGCGGCCGCUGCCAUGAAUCCCGCCGGCCUCAAUCCGGGCCUGCUGUUCAAUGCGCAGCUAGCGCUGGCUGCCCAGCAUCCGGCGCUAUUUGGGCACGCCUAUGCGGCCGCCGGACAUACGCCCGUCUCGCCGCUGCAGGGCCUGAAGAGCCAUCGCUUCUCGCCGUACAGCUUGCCGGGCAGCCUGGGCUCGGCAUUUGAUGCGGUGACGCCCGGCUCGAAUGCAAAUCGCAGCGGCGGCAAUGGCAGCGCCGAUGCAGCAGCGCCGCCCAAUCUGCUGCCCGCUGGCAGCGGCGGCCUGGGUCUGGACAACGGACCGCGCAGCCUGAGCUCCAGUCCGCGACCGCGCGCCUCCUCGCACUCGCCGCCAACGCGGCCCAUAUCAAUGUCGCCGACAACGCCGCCAUCGCUGCUGAAGCGGCAGGCGCAGCAUUCGCCGUCGGAGCUCAAGAGCAUGGAGAAGAUGGUCAACGGCCUCGAGGUGCAGCACAAUGGCAGCGCUGCGGCAGCGGCGGCAGCAGCAGCUGCGGCAGCGGCAGCGGCUGCCUCAUUGCUAUCGGAGGAAACGGCGCAACUGCAUCACACCCAGGCGCAUCACACACAUCCGCACACACAUCAUACGCACGGACAGACGCACGGGCAUCAUGCGGCGGCGGCAACGGAUCAGUGACAAUUACAGGACGGCCGCUCCGAUUGCGAGGAGGGCGGCCCCGAUGACGACGACGAUGAUGAGCACGAUCGCAGCUCUGUCAUCGAUCUGGAUGUCGAUGUCUGACCGCAAACGGUUCAGCUGCAGCAGCUUUAGCUCGCGCCCAACAGCAGCAGUUCGGGCCCAGCAAUGGCCCGCGCUCCGGCCCUGGCCAGCGGCCUCAGUUAACCAACACUGCGCUUAAGUGUAAAUAGCGCCAGCGAUCUAUAUUAGGCAUAUUUGUAGCAUAUAGCAUGUAGUACACACACACACCCACACACACACACACACACACACACACACACAGACACGCACCUAAUACCCAUAGAGCCUAGAGACGU